AUGGCAGAUUGCAAAGAUUCUACAGAGGUUGUGAUCGCAAGUAGCCCUGACUUUGUUACGGAGCUUCUUCCAUCUGCUCAGUGUACGGCUUUGCUCUAUCAUCUCUCUUACCUCUGCUUGGCUAAUUUCCCCAAGUUGGAGAGGGAACUCAGAGAACGUGCUGUUGAAACCCAGCUACUCUUUGGGUCCUCAGAGGCUCUUCUGCUGAAGUGUGCGGCCACCAGUAACAACCUGGUUUCCACGCUGUUGCCUGCGCUAAAGGUUGCUGUUGAAAAUAAUAAAAGCAGUGUGGCUGUGAAGUCCCUGGAAAAAGCAAGAGCAUGGAUCACUGAAAUUAUUAACAGAGUGAAAGAUAUGGUAGAAAGAUAUGAGAACCACAAUCGCAGAGUGGCUUCAUGCACCAGUGAUGUGAUUCUUGAAAAGGCUGAGACAGACAAAAAAAAAAAGCAAACUUCUCAGGAGAUAGAAGCUCUUGGGAAGGUGGUGAGUGGUCUAGAAGAGGAACUGAAGAAAAACUUUGAGGACCUUAGACGAACUGAGGAAAAGAUUGAAGAAAAACAACAAGUGAUGCAGAAUCAUGUCAGAAAUGCUUCUCGUACAAGCAAUGGUUUGAGUAUCCUGGUUGCCCUUGUACCAUUUAUUGGAGCCAUUGUUAAAUCCAUCCACAACACUGCAGUUGGCCCUGAUGUGGCUGCAAAAACCCAUGCUCUCUCCAAUGAAAUAUCUAACCUAUUCUCUGAGAAAUCAGACCUGAGAAACAAGGAGUGGAUUAUCCAAAUCAGACUGACUAAUGCUCAGCUGAAGUUGGCAAGCAAGAAUAUUGAACAGGGUUCAAUACCCAACCCUGUCCAUCUGAAUGAAGUCCAAAAGUGCCUUUCCCGAAUCCAACAAAUUUUGAUUCAGCUUCAGAAGUUCUGGGAAUCAGUGUGUAUCUUGUUGGAGGCUCUCGAAGACAAGACGUUUGCUAAUGAACACUUC